CCGAACUGUUCUAAAACUUGUCUUUCUAGUUUUAUGGUAAAUGAUCUCAACGUGAUAAUUUCAUGAUGAUUUCAGUGAAGUGUGAGGCUGGGCUCGAUGAUAAAAGUGGCAAAAACAAAUAAAACGCCAACUUGUACAGUCGUCAUCGGUGUGGAGAAAUGGGUACAACGUAUUAGUAGUACAGCAACGAUACGUUUAGAGAGUUGUCCUGCGCCAAAUGUGAUAGUUUUCAUCAAUCGGGCAUGUUUACGUGUGUAAAAAUUUGUGCUGUGACCACGGACAGUGUCAGUUGGCAAACUGCAGCAAAUACUGUUAAAAAAACAGCUUCGAUAUGUACAAAUUGAAGUUAUCCGAUAAUUGUGCCAAGUUUUGCAUAUUACGAAAUAAAUAUUUCAUCGUAUAUAACUGUAAAAUCAGAAUAUCACUUAAAAUAUGAUACUUAGCAUAUACUGUACCUGUGUAUUGGAAUUGGUAAAUUUCGUCAGUGGUAGACCACAACAUAUGAGGCACUAUGGACAUUUCAAUAAUUUAAUUAAUGAAACAAUAGCAGGUGAUUCCUUAAGAAGACCACUUAGAGAAGCACCAGAAAUAAAGAGUAGCAACAAAACCAAAGAGGAGCGAAUUUUGAAUACAAGCAACCGAAGAGUUUCAGGCUCCAUAUCAUUUGGCGGUUUAUCUGAGCAAGACAUAAUUUUUCCCGAUUCCUUCGAACUAAUCUACGAACCCAUCCCCCGGAUAGACGGAGCCCCAAAAUGUGCGGAUGGCAGCACCUUCUGCGAAAAUUUCGACUCGUAUCCUUACCUUCAUUUGAAGGAUAUACUGAGGACACACAAGAUCAACAAAGAUUUUUUUUUCGGUGAAGAUGAAAUGCCGCCAGAACUGGAGAAGAGGAUCGGAGCAGAAGAAGAAACGUUUGUUUGCGGGGCCGUAGAUAGAAUUAUCUUCCCAAAGAUUGGCAAAAAUAAAAACAAGGAAUGGAAGUACAUCGUGAAUCAGGGCAGGGAAGAGGGUUAUGUGCAAGGAAUACGCGCUGAAACUUGCAGGCACCAAAAUGCACCUUGUGAUAUAAUUGGGGAACUUCCCGAGGGCUAUAGGACUUCGUGCAAGCAGAAAUACAUUUACAGAAGACUGAUGUCUUUGAAUGAGAACGGUACACCGGUGCCAGAUACCUUUCAGUUGCCAUCCGCUUGCUGUUGUUCAUACAAGAGAGAGGGCUUUCUUUCUAGAAUAGGCAAGGUUCAGUCAGUUAGUCCGGUUCCAAGUCAACACGAAAAAAAUGAUUCGGGAUGACCAUUUCCGUACUAACUUAUUCGUUUACUUGUUGCGGUUUUGUUGAAUAUUUCUAGCUUCAGUUUUGUUAAUUAUUUCUAAAUGGGAUGUAGAGAAGCAUUUGAAUAUAGAAUAGUUGCGCAUGUAAAUAGUAUUACAAAUUAUUUUGUAGCUAUUCGUAGCAUGUUUUGUAAAUAAUAAAUGGUGGGAAAU